GCAGAACGGACGAACGAUUAUCCUCUGCUUACCUGGAGAUGCACAAAAGCAGCGAGACUGCCGGGAAAAUUGUUACAUUCAUUUCGGUCCUCACUGGCAACGGUGUCCUUUGGGAGAAAGGGUCGUUUGUAUCUAUAGACGAAGAGUGAAACCGCCGUGUAACGAUGGGACGUGGUCGACCGAGAAAAGAUACACCGGCCGACGGCGAAGGUCCGGCAUCCAAAAUCCAACGCAAAGGAAAACUCGAGAUACCAUUGGCAACGCUACCAAAGCUAUCGGGCAAUGUGCUAGCCUGCGGUCAGGGUGAGAUGGGUCAGCUGGGCAUGGGCGAGGACGUCAUGGAGAAGACGCGGCCCGCCAUCGUUGAGGGCCUUUCGGAUGUGGUACAAAUAUCGGCCGGCGGUAUGCACAAUCUGUGCCUCACGAGGCACGGCACGGUGUAUUCGUUCGGUUGCAAUGACGAAGGUGCCCUCGGUCGGAACACAUCCGAGGAGGGCUCGGAGUUUGAGCCCAAGCUGAUCGAUCUUCCUGGAUUGUGCGUGAAAAUUUCUGCCGGCGAUUCGCAUUCCGCCUGUCUGCUAAACGAUGGUCGCGCAUAUGCAUGGGGUUCAUUCCGGGAUUCGCACGGAAAUAUGGGACUUACGCUCGAAGGCAAUAAACGGUUACCGAUCGAAGUGUUACCGGGCAACCGGUGGGUCGAUAUUGCAUCCGGCUGUGACCAUCUGGUACUGCUGUCCGAUCUGGGCCACAUCUACACGGUGGGCUGUGCAGAACAGGGUCAGCUCGGUCGCGUUUCGAUCCGCGCAGCAUCAGGUGAAUCUCGUCGCGGAAAAACACAGCUCCUGCAGCCGGGUAUAGUGACAAGACGUGGCAAAAUGAUCGUAGCCGAUGCUAUCUGGGCGACGACGUACUGCACCUUCUACAAAGACUAUCAAACCGGUCGGAUAUUCGCCUUCGGAUUGAACAACUACUGCCAGCUCGGUGUACCGAACCCAAGCGAGCACGUCGUCAAACCGGUAUUCGUACCGGAACCGACGAGUUUCAACGAAGUUUUACAGAUUGCUGGCGGACAACAUCACACAUUGGUAUUAAAAACGGACCACAAAGUGUAUGCCAUCGGGCGGAAGGAGUACGGCCGGCUAGGGCUAGGAGAUAACGUUGCAGAUGACGCGAAAACGCUACAUCCCGUAGAAGUUCUCGGUGACAAGAAGGUGGUCAGUGUGUGCUGCGGAGAAAGCACAUCUUUCGCCGUCACAGACAAGGGCGAACUAUAUGCGUGGGGUAUGGGCUCCAGCUUGCAGCUCGGCACGGGACUGGAAACGGAUGAGUCCAAACCGGUGCGUAUCGUCAGCAAACAGGUGGCAGCGGGUAAAGUGAUCCUGAAGGCGUCCAGCGGUGGACAACACAGUUUGUUCCUUGUUCAGGAACCACCGACCGUAACCGAGAAAGCAUCCCCGAAGGUUGCUGCCGCUAGCAAGAAGACAAAACCGGAUCCUUCGAGUACGACGGAGACGGCAGCCAACGGUGUAGCGAAACAUUCCGAAACGAGUAAUGGUGAUGAAUCGGCAAAAGUGACGAGUAAGGUUCCCGAAGGCAACGUACCAACGGCGUCGAAUGGUGUAGACACGGAUGUUCCGAGUGAUGCGAGCACUGGGAAGGAGAAAUCCGCAGCUCCAGCGAAAACAACAGCAGGCAGCAGCAGCGGUGCAGGUCGAAAACGGAAAAUUCAAUGAGAACGCCCAGUUCUAUUCGGUAGCCAACUUCUUCUAAGUAGCCAGAGUGAGGGUAAUAGAUCACAUCAGGUAGUGCCGAUAAGAAAACAUCAUUAAAGUUCUUUGUGUGCCGUGCCGUGUUAUAUUUAUCUGAAAUGAUGUUUUAACUAGCAAGUUGCAGUUUUGUCCUAGUAUCUCCGUUUUGUUCUCUAUGUUAUUUACACCUCCAGGCGUUAGCGUCGGCGUGUUGGUGUGUGCUUACUCUUUUUGUUAGUCAUUUAUCCUUUCUCUGGUACAGAAGAUUUCGUGUGUCGAUUCAGUAUCGAGAAAUAGCAGGACUCAGGAAUGAGUUCCCAUAACACACCCAUUACACUGCUACCCAUCACACGAUCCUUUUUUGUUUGUUUUACUCCAUGGGAGUAGUACUGUAGUAUUGCAUUAGGAGGAAGAUCCUGUAAGCCCAGUUAGUAGUUGGUGGUGACAUUUGCCUAUUUUAUGUGGCAAAAGACACGAAUAAAUGCUAAGUGCCACUCUAGCCGUUUGCACAGUUUAGGUAGGUUUUUAAGCAAUCUUGUUGAUAAGUAGAAUGUUUUUUUUUCAAUUUCGUUCUGUGAGGGAAAACGUUGCUGUAAUAUGAAAUCGACUGAGUAAAGAUGCGAAUAAAAUAACUUAAUAAAUGAUUUUGAUAAAAAAA